CUCCUCCUACCUAACCUCACCACCACCUGCAACAACAAAGCACACGCCCGGCACUACCAUCCAUCCAUCCGCGCGCUCUUAAUUUAGCUUCCUCCUCCUCACCUACUAGCAGGCACAGCAGGCAGCAGCAUCGAUCGGAUCGGAGCAGCACAGCGCGCGUCACCGCAAGCUCAAGUGUCUUCUUCCUUGCUUGCUUGCCUGCUGCUUACCUCUCAGUUCCCCACUCACGUCCCUUGCCGUACGUACGUGCGUCCAACACACCAGGUGAAAAUGGGCUCGGAGACGGAGACGGUCAACGUGGAAGGCAUCCCGUUCCCGGCGGAGAUCACCGUCGGCAACCCUCUCUCCCUCCUAGGCACAGGUAUCACGGACAUCGAGAUCCACUUCCUGCAGAUCAAGUACAACGCCAUCGGAGUCUACCUCCACAACGCCGGCGGCGGCGACAGCACCACGCCCACGCUGCUGGGCCACCUCGGGGCCUGGAAGGGCAAGACGGCGGAGGAGCUCCUAGCGGACGCCGCCUUCUGGGCCGCGCUGGUCGCGGCCCCCGUCGAGAAGCUGUUCCGCGUCGUGGUCAUCAAGGAGAUCAAGGGCUCGCAGUACGGCGUGCAGCUUGAGAGCUCCGUCCGCGACCGCCUCGCCGCCGCCGACCUCUACGAGGACGACGAAGAGGAGGCGCUCGAGAAGGUCGCCGACUUCUUCCAGUCCAAGUACUUCAAGCCGGGCUCCGUCGUCACCUUCCACUUCCCGGCACCGGCCUCCGCCUCCCCGGGACCCGCGGCGGAGAUCACCUUCGCGACGGAGGGCAAGGGCGACGCCAGGAUCGCGGUGGAGAACGGGAACGUCGCCGGGAUGAUCCAGACCUGGUACCUCGGCGGCGACUCCGCGGUGUCCCCCAGCACCGUCCGCAGCCUGGCCAACCGUUUCGCCGCGCUGCUCGCCGUCGCCGCGUGAUUUAUACCGGUCGGCGGGCCGGUUGGUCGAGUUGCGUUGGAUUUGAGUUCGUGAAUGUCCGUCCUGUACGCGUGUUGUCUCGUGUGUGUUGUCGUUUGCAGCGAAUUUGCAAGUAAUAAUAAUAAAAAUUAUGUCCGGUAGGUUGUGCAGAUUGUCGUUGUGGAAACUGUAAUAUGAGAUAGAAAAUUUGACGGUCUCUCGACCUCGAAUCCAUGGAUCAUGGAUGCACUACACUUCUCAAUAAACGCUCUUCAUAAUUUUGCCU